UCAAKAUAGCAGACAUGACUUGGAUUUUCAGACUUUUCUACCUUGCACUAGCUCUUGUUUUUCAAAAUUGUUCAACGCAGAGCAUAUCAACAUAUUUUAAGUGCAUUGAGUUUCAUCGCUUGGAAGCGACAGUUAUCAGUAUCAUAACAGUGAAAAGUAAUUUAGAGUGCUUCAUAACAUGCAAUCGGCUUGUGCCGGAUUGUAAGUCAUUGAACCUGGCGGUCACAGAAAAUGAAGAUGGAUCGGGUUAUGACUGUGUUUUGCUCAACGGACGCGCACCAAAUGAGAUAAAGGCAYCUUUGGAGAAAUCUGCCAACUACAGCCACUACACAAGAAUGACACCUUGUGAGGUUGCGAACUUUUGUUUGAAUGGAGGGACAUGCAUUAACCAUUCCAAUCAACAAGACUUUAGCUGCCAAUGCCUCAUGGGAUAUCAUGGGGACCGAUGCCAGACAUAUGAAAUACGUCUUGUGGGAUCAUCCAAAAGCAACGAAGGACGUAUCGAAAUCUAUCAUAAUGGUCAAUGGGGUACAGUCUGUGAUGACCUAUGGGAUCUCAACCCGAACGSUGCCACUGUCGCUUGUAGGCAGCUGGGUUUCAGCGGUGUCCAGGCUUUCAACACAAAGGAAUUUGGCGAGGGGUCUGGAGCUAUCUUGCUUGAUAGUGUUGUGUGUACUGGUAACGAGAGAAGAGUACAAGACUGCAGCCAUGAUCAUUGGGGUUCUCAUGACUGCAGACAUAAUGAAGACGUUGGCAUCAAAUGUGUGCCUUAAUGCAUAACAACAACAUGUACAAACAAACAGAAAGGUCUCGCAAAAUAGCCAAAAAAAAAUGUAUUAUCUAUAAUAGAUAUAAAAUAUCUGUAAAACUUUUUUUUAUUGGAACUAUUACAAUCUUAGACAGGUUUUAAAAUUUAGGUAUAUACUUAAGUAUUUUAGGUUCAUUUUGCAUCAGGCUGAUAAACAAUUAGAGUGCAAGUCACAUAAGCAUGAAACAAUUAUUUAACUAUGU